CUCCUCUUUCACGGCUAUCAUCCGUACACCCAUCUUAUGCCUGAGGCAGGAUUUAUAGAUCCAAGUGACCGGCAAAUCAUUACGGAUUACUUCUGGCACGCUCAUUGGUGACUGUGGCUGGUCUUCCCUGGACUGGAAAUGUACCCGAAUCGUGUCAACAACGACGAGCGCAAGAAAAUAAACGGGUUUCCAAGAGGUAUGGAAGACUUACUUAGAGAACUAGAAUUAGUCCACAGUGACACCAUGUGGACUCUCAGUUUGAUCAUGAAUUUUCGCCAUUAUAGCAUACACGACCGAUACAGAGAUACUAUGGACGAGGUUAUGCGUGGUAUGUCCACUAUAUUCAAGCAGAACAAGUUUCAUAUCCAGACCACGGACUGCACUUAGCUUCUUCUCGAUGCGCAAGAUUUCAUGGGAACCAAAUAGACACGAGCAACAUACAGAUACUCGUCGUUUAUGAUAGAUGGAAAGAUCAAAUCACACAACGAUCA